UACACCCAGCUACUUCCUCCUGCGGGAGCCAACGGAAGGGAUACAGAAGGGAGGUCUCGUCCCACGGAGAACCGAUGUUCACAAAGUCAUGGAAUUGAAGAGGUUUUAAUAGUAAUGGUUGCUCGAAGUCGAUUAACUUUAUGGAUAUCGAGGAACGGCGAGUGUAACUGGAGACGGAGACUUUGUUCAGAGGCACCGAGCUUCCCACCACGUACUGUCCCAGACCUCCCCAGGAAUGGAAGAGUAGCUUGAUUUGGGGGUGGAAACCAGCUGCCAAAAAUAACCUGGACGUUUUUUUGUUUGUUUUUUAAAGCACUUCGUGAAUUGCCGUUUGUUGUAGAAAAGGUCUGUGAAGGCAGCUGGCAUGAUGGCUCUCCUGCUUGUGGUCUUGGGGGUUUUAGCAGCAGCCAGUCUGGCAGGUAAAGCCAGUGCGAGUGUCUUUGAAUGUGUGUGUGAUGGGCCGUCAUGUGGCAGUAGCAGCCACUGCUUUGGAGCGCAGUGCUUCUCCUCUCUCUCGCUCCGGAACGGGACAGUCCUCCACCAGAAGGGGUGCAUUGUGGGUACAGAGGAAGGGGCAGACCAGUGCGGAAGCUCCCUGCAGGCAACUGGCGUCAUGGUACAGUGCUGCCAGGGAACACUGUGCAACAGCAACGUUACAGUGGAGAUGCCAAGCCCAGACUUGGACAUGGCUGCGAUCUCCACGCAACACGAGUGUGCGUGCGAGGGAGUGGAGUGUGCAAGCAGCGGGCUCUGUGUCGGAGAGCAGUGCUUCUCCUCCGUAACGUUGACUGCUGGGAACCUGCAGCACCGCAAGGGCUGUUACUCCGCCUCCCAGUGGGGUGGGGCCAACUGCGACACGUCCACGUCGCCUGACCGCUUUGUCAGAUGUUGCACAGGAUACCUGUGUAAUGCCAACAUCACCUUGGAACCACCCACCAGAGGUGAAGGGGACUGGAUUCAGGUCACACCGUUUAUUGACGCCAAGCUGCUUCCUAAGGAGCACGAGUGUGUGUGCGAGGGCCACUCGUGUGUGAGCGGCGAGCGGUGUGUGGGUCAGCAGUGUUUCUCGUCCCUGACAGUGAGCGGCGGAGACUAUGUGUACCAGAAGGGCUGUUUCACAGUGUACGAGCAGGGCCGUAUGACCUGCAAAACCCCGCCCUCGCCCGACCAGAUCGUGGAAUGCUGCCAGGCUCACCUGUGCAACCUGAACCUCUCUGUGGCUCUCCCCGUGCGAGUGGUGGAAGGCCCUAACUACAGUGUGACAACUUUGGCCAUCGUGAUCGUGGCUCCAGUGAUUGUGCUCAUCUUCCUUUCCAUGGGGGCCAUCUUGGUCUUUCGCCGUAUUCACCACAACCAGAUGGAGCGUCUGACGGCUCGCGAUGCCGAGUAUGGCACCAUCGACGGGCUUAUUGCGUCCAAUGUUGGGGAAAGCACUCUUGCGGACCUGUUGGACCACUCUUGCACAUCGGGCAGUGGUUCAGGACUGCCCUUUUUGGUCCAGAGGACGGUAGCCAGACAGAUCACCCUAAACGAGUGUGUAGGGAAAGGGCGCUAUGGCGAGGUGUGGAGAGGCCAGUGGCAGGGUGAGAACGUGGCUGUGAAAAUCUUCUCAUCACGAGACGAGAAGUCUUGGUUCCGUGAGACAGAGAUCUACAACACGGUGCUCCUGAGGCACGAGAACAUUCUGGGCUUUAUCGCGUCGGACAUGACCUCCCGCAACUCCAGCACUCAGCUCUGGCUAAUCACCCACUACCACGAGAUGGGCUCCCUUUAUGACUACUUGCAGCUCAGCACGCUGGAUGCACCGUCUUGCCUGCGGAUGGCGCUGUCCAUCGCCAGUGGCUUGGCGCACCUGCACGUGGAGAUCUUCGGCACCCAAGGCAAACCUGCCAUCGCCCACCGAGACCUGAAAAGCAAGAACAUCCUGGUGAAUAAGAACGGCCAGUGCUGCAUCGCGGACCUCGGCCUUGCCGUGAUGCAUUACCAGGACACUAACGAGCUGGACGUAGGCAAUAACCCUAAAGUGGGCACCAAGCGCUACAUGGCUCCUGAGGUGCUGGACGACUCCAUUCAGGUGGACUGCUUCGAGUCGUACAAGAGAGUGGACAUCUGGGCCUUCGGCCUGGUACUGUGGGAGAUAGCCAGGCGAACGGUCAGCAAUGGUAUCGUAGAGGACUACAAACCUCCGUUCCAUGACGUAGUGCCUAGUGACCCUAGCUUCGAGGACAUGAAAAAGGUGGUGUGCAUAGACCAGCAGAGACCCAACAUCCCCAACAGAUGGUUCUCCGACUCUACUUUAACGUCCAUUGCCAAACUGAUGAAGGAGUGCUGGUACCAGAACCCAUCCGCCAGGCUCACGGCACUGCGCAUUAAAAAGACUCUGACAAAAAUCGACAACUCGCUGGACAAAAUAAAAGCAGAUAUUUGAGCUGCUUCCAUACGGAAGAACUUCAAAAGGCCUUUAUCGUGUCCAGCGGACAGGUCACCAGGACAGAGAAGAGGGAAGAGACAUAAAGACUGCUCGGGCAAUGUGCUCUCCUAGAGACACAAUGUAUUUAUUUUAAACACACACGGUGGGACAUGUUUUGGCAUCCAAAGAUGGCAUCUUGGGCAUUUAAAAUGACUACAAAUAGUAUUUGAUAUGUGACCUAUUUUAAGACAUAGCUUUUGUGUGUAGUCAUGUCCUUCAAAGAAGAGACUGUUACAGUAGCUGAACCUUGGAGGAAGUCGCUUUAGAGCUGUGGUUUACUUCUAAUGCAGCUUUGAUUUUUAGAACUGCCUGGGAAAUGUCUCACUUAGCAACACAGUCUAUGCUUAUUUUUCGUUUAUUGCACUGGUAGUCUUUGGCAUUCCUUACUUGAACUAGUACAGAAGAAUUUGGAGGGAUAAGAAAACGGUUGACAGUUUGCCAAAAAUGGCUAUAUUUUAUAUUUCACUAGCGCCAUAUCCUCAUCCAUAAUCGGAGAGUAAAAACAAAAAUAGAUUUUACUGCCUCUUUUGUUUACUUUUGCACUGCCGUUAAAAUAGAAUUGGAAAGCAUCUCUGCAGUCCUGGCGUUCAAGCUGUAAUUUAUUUAACGAAUGGUGCGAUGGCAACUUUUUUAUUGUUCUGCCUGAGAUCUUUUAACAUGUCACCUUUUUUGUAUCAUUGAGCAUUUAGCUUUUUUUUUCUUUUUGUUUGUUUCAUAAGCUUUGAGUACAAAUGCUAAAGGAAAUAAUAAUAAAAAAUACUAGAACAUUCUUAACUCAAACUAAGCAACGUCUGCAAGCCCUGCAUGUCGAAAUGUGUGCACUGCCUGCACAACUGAAGUAAAUGUUUUGGGUUAUUUUAAUGUUUUAUAUUAUUUACUAUUUUAAAUUGAAUGUGUUGUUUUUAAUUAAGGCCAGAAUUUAAGAAAUGGACCGCCUCAUCGACAAGAUAAACAGCAAACUUUUCCAUGAAUUCUCACUACUGAUAAAACUGCAUUAAGAUAACCUGACAAGUUUAUGCACAAAUACAUAACAGCAUGAAAUCUUC